AUGAUUAAACUGUACAAUGAAUUAAGAAGAAAUGAAACCGAAGAGGCAAUUAAUGGAACAGGAGAAAGCACAGGGCUGGCAAACAAAAACCCAUCUUCCUUACCAUUGUCUGUUUUUUCCUUACUUAUAUGUUUUACUGGGUUGGUGGGCAAUGGGGCUUUAUUUAUUCUUCUCCGUUUUAAGGUUAAAAGAAAUCAGUUUAUACUUUAUGUUAUUAAUCUGACUGUAGCUGAUUUCAUUUAUCUUGUUGGCCUUUCAAUUUGGAUGCUUUACAUGUUUUGUAGUUUAAAUGGUUUAAAGAGCUCAAAAAUUGUGAUGAAACAUCUAGCUCAAAUCAGUGAUUUAUUUUAUAAUUUUGGAUUUAACACUGGCAUUUAUCUACUUACAGUCAUUGGUUUGGAAAGAUGCUUUGCUGUACUUUACCCACUGUGGUAUCAAUGUCAUCGUCCCAAGAACCUGGCUUUAUACAUAAGCACUGCCUUGUGGCUACUAUCUGCCCUAGUUACUGGACUUGAAUUGUUCAUAUGCGAUGGUGAAAAACAUUAUCUUUUGCAGGGUUCCGAAAAUUGUACAAACGUAUAUUUUUUUACAUCUGCUUUAUAUGUCAUUGUGGUUCUCAUUAUGCUGUGGUCCAGUGUGACACUUCUUCUUGAUAUUGAUAAAGCCCCACAGCAUUGCCAUUCUCCAAAGCUUUACAUAAUUAUAAUUGCUAGUAUCACCAUUUUUCUUGUUUCAGUAGUGCCUUCCAGAAUACUGGGUCUACUUUUGUAUUUUAAUAUACUUUCAGAAAAAAAAUACCUAGUAUCUAUUUUCUUUAUAACUUCUAUUAGCUCGGCAAUAAACUGCAGUGCUAAUCCUUAUAUUUACAUUGUGGUUUCCAAGUGGGGAGGAAAAAAAAGUCUAAAGCGUUCCUUAAAAUAUAUGUUAGAGAACAUCUUCAAAGAACCCACAGAAAGCCAGACAAUGGCAACAACUCCAAUGUAA